UAAUGGAAAUAAAAUAAUAAGACUUUUUUUCAAAUGAUAAUUUUCUUUACCUUCUGUUGGUGGAGGCUGGUACCUGCAAUUCUCAGAAAAUGCCACACCGCUUAUUCUCUUCAAUCGAGGACCUCUUAUUGAACUUCCAUCGCCAUGGAGGUCCAAAUCCAACAUAAAGGGACUGAGAGAUCAAUAUCAGAUCAAAAAGAUAAAACUUCACACCCAAACGCGGCCCUUUUUAGCCCAGUGUUUGAUUUUAAAGUGAAAUGCUUUCUCACUCAAAAAAAGAAAGUAACAAAAAAAAAAAAGAGACAUUAUGGCAAUUUUGAGGUUAUCAUGAGCUCCUUCUUCUUUGCUUCUUACCUCAGCUAAAGCUUUCUCUUUUUGUCCUUCACUCAUACCCAGCAGCUCAAGAAAUCAGAUUUUCCAAUUUGGCAUUUUUCGACAUCAUGAAUCUCAAUGGCACUUCUGGUUACUACACACGGUUUGAAGAAUUGUUUGGCAACAGGACUCCAACCAUGCUGAAGCAAAUUCUUAGCAAACUCCCUAGAAAGUUGCCAAAAUCAGACUCGUUAGAUUCCACAGGAAGUGAUGCUGGCAGCAAUACUUCCAAUUUAAGUAAUGGAUUCCAAUGUACAAUUGGUGGGAGUUCUUUCUCAAGCAAAUUAAAUGUUGUUAAACGGGUGUCUUCCGUAGUCUUCCCAGCAAGCAUUGCAGCUGGAGUGGAGGCAGUGGAACCCCAUCUAUCCUUUAAGGAUGUCUCAAAUCAACAGAAACAGAGUUUGUUUAUUAGCAAGUUGAAUCUCUGCUGUGAUGUCACCGAUUUCAAUGAUACAGCUAAGCAAGAUCUUAAGCGGGAAACCUUGAUUGAGCUUGUUGAUUUUAUUUCUUCUGGAUCCACGAAGUUCGCAGAACCAGCAAUUUCUGCAAUGUGUAAAAUGUGUGCUAUCAACCUGUUUAGAGUUUUCCCACCAAAGUUUCGCUCCAAUUGCAGUGGCGGUGAAACAGAAGAUGAAGAACCAGUGUUUGAUCCUGCUUGGUCUUAUCUUCAAAUUGUCUAUGAUCUACUCCUUCGGUUUGUGAGCAUUACUUCACUUGACACAAAGGUGGCAAAGAAAUACAUUGAUCAUUCUUUUAUUUUGAGAUUACUUGACCUCUUUGAUUCUGAGGACCCAAGAGAAAGAGACUGUUUGAAAACAAUUCUGCAUAGAAUUUAUGGAAAAUUCAUGGUACACAGGCCUUUUAUACGAAAGGCUGUCAGCAAUGUGAUCUAUCGUUUUGUUUUUGAAACCGAACGGCAUAAUGGGAUUGCUGAGCUGUUGGAGAUUUUUGGCAGUGUAAUUAGUGGCUUUGCUUUGCCAUUGAAGGAGGAACACAAGAUCUUUUUGUGGAGGGCUCUGAUUCCUCUACACAAACCAAAAUCUGUGGGCGUUUAUCAUCAAAGGUUAACAUAUUGUGUUGUACAGUUUAUAGAAAAGGAUCCAAAGUUGGCCAGUUCUGUGAUAAAAGGGCUAUUGAAAUACUGGCCAGUAACAAAUAGCCAGAAGGAGUUGAUGUUUUUAAGUGAAUUGGAAGAGAUUUUGGAAAUGACCAGCAUGGCUGAGUUCCAAAAGAUAAUGGUUCCCCUAUUUCGACGAAUAGGAUACUGCCUCAACAGCUCCCAUUACCAGGUGGCUGAACGAGCCCACUUAGUGUGGAAUAACGAGCACAUCCUUAAUCUUGUUACACAUAACCACCAGGUGAUUCUUCCACUUGUCUAUGCAGCUUUAGAGCGCAAUACCCGGAAUCAUUGGAACCAAGCAGUGCUCAACUUGACACUGAACGUGAAGAAGAUUUUCUAUGACAUAGACGAGGAGUUAGUACUUGCCUGCCAAUGUAAGUUGGAGGAGGAAGAAUCGAAGUUAAUUGCUGCAGCCGAGAAGCGAAGAUUAACAUGGGAACGCCUGGAAAUUGCUGCUGCUGGUCUACAACCUCCAGCUGGUAACUUUUUAGUCCCUCCAAAGCCUGCUACAUGCUCUGUUGCCUGCUAAUUUCUUAAGUAACAGCGUGUGGGAAGCAAAUCGAAGUCAUAAAACGUGACCUCCCUAAUUGCAGAAUCAAAAUUUUGGUUCUUGAAUGAUUAAGUUUGGCAAACAAAAAAAAAAAAAAAAAAAAAAAAAUCAAAGUGUUUGUUAGUGCUUGCAUGUUUUGUUAAAUUGUAUUGAUGUUCCGCUGCCUUGAGGUCGCUAAAUGCGCCCUUUCGCUUGCAAAUUGUGUUUAUCGACAUCUCUUGUAUAUUUCACCCAAAUGUCUGUUUGUUCUUAUAUAUAUAUAUAUAUAUAUAUGUUCUAAGUUGUAUUUUA